AUGGAGACAACUCACCGUACGAUAUUCCCUCCCCUUCAUUCUCCGGUGGCUUCUUUGAGCCACCGGGGUAGCCCCCCUCCACUCAAUUUCGGCUUUGAUACGCUUUUUGACGAACUUGGUUUCGACCCAUAUCUGCCUACCACAAACGCACCCGCCCCUACAAGCUUUCAUUCUUCUAUAAAUCAAAGCAGUGAGGUUGAAUUCCUUGGUUUGCCUAAUGACUUGAUUGACUUCAUUACUGAUUAUGAUGCCAGAGUUGAUGCAAGCGAGCCUGGUUUGGAGCAUAGUCCCGAAAUGCUCACUAACCGUUGCGAUGCCUUUGCUUGCGAAAUUCCUUCCAUAAAUACGUCCCGAAGGCGCCGAAAAGACUUGCUUAACCCUCUUCCUGAAUGUCACGUGACACAUGAAGUAUCUGCCCUUGCUAAUAGUAGUCGCCAUAAAUUCCCGAAGGAUGAUCGAAUUUCAAGGAAGCGGUUAUCUAACAGACAAUCUGCCUUUCGCUACAGGCAGAAAAUCAAGGCUAAGAAUGAGCUUUUGGAGAAUGAGCUAUCUUCUACGCUGUCUCGAUACAAGAGUGCAAAGCAUGCAUAUGACCGGCUGCUUCUAACGUAUGGAGAAUUACAAAGGCUUGCCCUCGAUCUCCUUAAGUCUGUUGGUGCAUCCGAUUUAGUGAGGAGUCAAACGACAAACAGCACCUGUGAAGUUGCCAGGCUUGCUGUACCUCAUCUGUGUUAUCUUGGCAUUGCUCUAGCAUCCUCUUGGAUAGGCCGCACUUAUUCGUUGCACGGUGGUGGCACCCGACGACUUAUGGGUGAUGGUUGCGCUUCCGUGAGCUCAGCGUGCAGACUGGAUGAUGCCACGGCUGGGGCUUCUGGCCAUCGAGACAGCCAAAUAAAGUACAGACAACUUCAGACUAGUCUACAAGUCCUAUCUGCAUGUGUGUCAGAAACCACUAAGCAGCAAAGAAAUUUGGCCGAUAUGCUCGAGGAUUUAUCUCAAAGUCAGCCAGAGUUAUCUAAUGAGUUUAUGAAGAAUGCAGAAGUGCAACGUGUAAUUUCAUUAAAUGGAAUUAAACUUUCAGGUAGACCUAAUGUCUUAAAUUGGAACUUUAUUUUCCAUUGGUCUCUUAAAGAGAUAUAA